GAUGCCACGGGACAGAGAGGCGCCUGGGGUUACAGGCGCAUUUCUGGCUUUCGUUUUGUUGGAGGUUCCCGUUGUGUGCCGCUCUAGCCGGUCUUUGUCUAUAGGUCCUCUAUAUUAUAGGUAUUAUAACUAACGAAAGGAGACCUGUCACAACUAUUGCGAUGCAUCUUACGGCUGCGGGGUAGGAGUAAGUACUUUAAGAUGCUUUAGGAAGGUUUGGGGGUGACGGAAGUCUUUGAAACCAUGCCCCUCUCUACCCAAGAGCUCACAGCUGAAGAGCAAGGUGCCCUAGCCGCUAGUCUUGACAAUGUCCGCAACCUCUCCAAUAUCCUGAAAGCUAUUCAUUUUAAAGACCAUGCUACCUGUUUUGCAACUGCAAACGGACUGAAGGUGACCGUGGAGAAUUCCAAGUGCCUGCAAGCAAAUGCUUUUAUUCAGGCAGGAAUUUUCCAAGAAUUUGUGGUGCAGGAGGAAUCUGUAACAUUCAGAAUCAAUCUGUCUGUUCUCUUAGACUGCCUGACCGUUUUCGGAACAAGCUCGUUGCCAGGAACUCAAACGGCCCUCCGGAUGUGCUAUCAGGGGUACGGCUAUCCCUUGACGCUCUUCCUGGAGGAAGGGGGCGUGGUAACAGUAUGUAAAAUCAACACUCAAGAGCCCGAAGAGAUUCUCGAUUUUGAUUUCUGCAGCACCAAUGUUGUGAACAAAAUUAUCCUAAAAUCAGAGGGACUACGGGAGGCAUUUUCUGAACUGGAUAUGACCAGCGAGGCACUACAGAUCACAAUGUCUCCAGACAAGCCUUAUUUCAGAUUGUCCACUUUUGGGAACGCAGGAAGUUCUCAUCUUGACUACCCCAAAGACUCUGAUCUAAUUGAGGCUUUUAACUGCAACCAGACCCAGACAAACAGGUACAAGAUCUCCUUGCUCAAGCCGUCAAUCAAAGCACUCGCUCUGUCUUGCAAAGUCUCCAUUCGGACAGAUAACAGAGGCUUUCUGUCGCUGCAGUACAUGAUCCGGAACGAAGACGGGCAGAUUUGCUUUGUGGAAUAUUACUGCUGCCCCGAUGAGGACGUUGCCGAAGCAGAGAUGUAGCACAAAAACUGAUCCCCAACCCCCCCACUCUGAUUUUUUAACUAGCUAUCCAGAAUUGAUUUGUGAAUGAAAAUUUUCUGAUGGGAAGACUAGGAUCUGUUGGGCAUGUGUGUGUAUGUGUCUGUUCUAAUGAAAAGUAAAACGAGGACGUUCUGGUGUACAGAUAAAA